UUGCAUAUAUUUUCCUCACAUCAACCUUUGCUCUUCUCUCUCUUGUUUAUCUACCCAAGAAAUGGUCCUCUUUGGUAAACUUAUUACAGAACUUGGGAUCAAAACACCUGCUGACAAGUUCUUCAAACUAUUUGCAUCAGAACUUCACGAAGUACAAAACCUUUGCGAAAAAGUUCAUCAUACCAAACUGCAUGAAGGUGAUGAGUGGCAUGACACUGAUACGGUUAAACACUGGACUUAUGUUAUAGAUGGUGAGGUACACACAUGUCAUGAGAGUAUUGAAGAAGUUGAUGAACAGAACAAAAAAAUGACUUUCAAGCUAUUUGGUGGAGACAUUGAUAAGCACCAUAAGGUCUUUAAGCUCACCCUUCAAGUAAUUGAUAAGGCUAAUGACGGUACUGAUGUUGCUAAAUGGACUGUGGAAUAUGAGAAAAUCAGUGAGGAUAUUGAGCCUCCAAAUGGAUGGAUGGACUACCUUAGCAAAUGCACUAGAGAUAUUGAUGCUCAUCUUUCCAAGGCAAGGGCCAUUUGAAAACAUUAAAGAAAGUAACAAAUAAAUAAAUAAUGGCCUACUGCAACAUUAGGGCUGGAUUAACUAAGUGGUCACGUUUAUAAUUAAGAAGUAUGAUGUUUUGUAUAAUGGUGUUGUUGUGUCUGCAUAUUGGCUUCUGUUGUUCUUU